UAUUAGUACUAGAUAUAGAAUCUAGAACUUUUACGACAUCGAUAGACUAAAAGCGACUCACUCAUCCGGGGUUGAUGGACGUUCGUUAGUGUUGUAGAAUCUUGUAUUUUGAAUCGAUAAACUCUGUUGUUUAAUUUGUAUUGCAUAUCUAGUCGAUCCAAUUUGAUAUAUUAUAGACUAGAAAUCUAGAUUAGAAUUCUAGAUCUAUUUGCUAGAGAGUGAGUGCUUAGGCUUAAGCACUGAAUCAUUUUAAUGGUUAGUUGACGGUCCUUUGAGUCUUUGAUUAAAAGUGCACGUGGACUCCAGUGUGCUUUGUAUUUAAAGUGAUCUGAGGAUCAGAAAGCAUGCAUAUGUCAGUGUGUAUCUUCAUCUAGAUGAUGUGUUAACUAGUCAAUAAUGUCUGCUAGUCAAGAAUGGAGCGAUGCUUUAAAAGCUGGUAUGGGGCUUCAUGAUGAUUUUCCCCUAACUGGUGGUUACCAGCAUGAUGUGCAGGCUGACUUAUUGCCUACGUCGACACAAAGUCCACAGCGUUCUCCCCAACAGUCUCCUGACAGUCAACACAAGGAUGGUCAACAUAAUGUAGGCACAGCCUCACAACAGGAACAACAUGUAUCACAAUCCUAUGUUGCUCCGUACUCUGAACAGUCUGUUCAUGGGACAUUCUCAGGGGAGCCACAUCAUCUUCAAAGCUCAACUGUCCAGUCUGAUAAAAAUACUCUCUCGGGUCAUGGUCAUCCUCAGCGAUUCACUGCCAGACCAUCACAGUUUGGUCCUCGUGGCCCUCAGGACUCUAAUGUUAACAAUUUGCAGUCUCAGCCUAGAAUGGUUCGUCCGUCUCAAGAUCCCACUAGAGCUGGACAGCCUCAUCAGCCUCAGCCACGUCCGAUGUUCAGUAAUGCAGGUCCCAGAUAUCAGCAUGGCCCUAGAAUGUCAAAUCCUGGACAGCCUUUCAGUAAGCAGAAUCCAGGGGGACCGCAGAAUCAAAUUAAUCCAGGGGGACCACAGCAACAGAUCAAUCAAGGUGGUUCACAGCAACAAGGGGGACAACAACAGUCAAUGAAUCAAGGAGGACAGCAGCAAAUGAAUCCUGGCAUUAGACAGCAGCAAUUCAGAUCUCCUGCUCCUGGUAACUCUCCCAACAAAACUAAUGCUCAAAAUGUUCGAGCUCAAACACCAGGUCAAGUGCGACCUGGCCAGUUCAGAUCUGGUGUACCGCCACAAAACAUACGACACCCAAUUUCAAAUACUGGCAAUCAAUUUACACCUCCCCGACACCAGGCCCCGCAAGUUUUCCCUGCUCAUGACUCCCAGCAAAGAAUGGUCAGCGGCCCAGGGACCAUUCUUCAGGGGAGGCCUGAAUAUCCCGAUGAAAUGUUUGAAGACGAUUUCUAUGAUGAGGAUUACGAUGACGAGAUGGAAGAAGAUGAGGAAAUGUAUGAUGGCAACUACCCUCGGACGAACGUCCACUAUGGCUUCCCUGACAGUGAUAGUGAUGAAAUCUCAGAAGAAGAGUCCAUGCUGCUGGAAGAACUGAACUGUUGCGAAGACGAAGAAAGAUAUGAAGAAAUAAUGAACCAGCUCAGAGAAAAAGGCGUGGACCCAGAAGAACUCGAUGAGAUUAUGUACCACCGGAACAUGAGAAACUACCAACCGGAGAUGUAUAAUGAAGAUUCUUAUGAUGAAGAGGAUGGUGAGGAAGGCGAGGAAGAUGAGAAUGAAGAAAACAUGGAGGAGGAAGGAUGUGUUUCCUCUUCUUCCCAAAGACAGUUGGGUGUUGAGCAACAUCUGCCUCAGGUAAACCUGCAGCACAGAGGCCCAAACACACCAGGAUAUCAGGCUGGACACAAACAAUCCCCUAUGUAUCCUGGCUCCCAACAAAACAUUAGACAGCCUAUGAAAUAUAAUCCUGCUGGCUCAUAUCAACCUCACAUGAUCCCUGGCAACCCAUCUCAACCAGGCUGGAUAAAAGGAAACCCUUCUCAACGAUCACCAAACCCUAAAAGCAUUCCGCAUUUAACUGGCCCUCAGGGUACCCCAACUCAGCGACCUCCAAUGCGACCUCAGCUAUCGGUGUCCAGUCCGACGGCUAGUACUGUCAAACUAGUCCAACCUUCAGUCAUGAUAAGCAGCAACAACCUGGCACCGGGCCAAACAUCGCAAAAUAAACCAACACCCCAACAUGGCCUCACUGUUCAGCAAACUCCUAUUAGCCCUACGCAGCAAGGAUCUUCUCGACCUAUGGGCACAACCCAACAAGGACCCUCUCAGCCUAUGAGCUCCCUGCAGCAAGGAGCUUCUCAAACCAUGGGCUGUGUACAGCAAGGACCUUCUCAACCUGUGGGUCAUUCACAGCAAGCACCAUCUCAAUCUACAGGAUCCAUACAACCAGGAGCAUCUCAGCCUAUGGGUUCUUCACAGCAAGGAAUUUCUCAAUCCUUGGGUUCUAAUCAGUUAGGACCUCAAUUGAUGGGCUCUGCACAACAAGGACCUUCACAGACUAUGGGCUCAGCAGGUCAGCUCCCAUCAAUUCGAGGUGUUUCACCUAGGCUGCCUUCUCAAACUGUUCAACAAUCUACUGCUCAGAUCCAACCAGAGUUGAGUGCUGGUCAACCUAGACUCAAUAAUAAUUUUCAGUCUUUAACAAGACCGUCUAAUGCUCAACAGCCUGUAAGGCCUCCAUUGGUCAGGGAGUCUAGUGAGGCAAGUUUAGCAAGGCUGGAAGUCCAGCAUAUGCAACAAAUCUUAGAUGAAGAAAUCAAAGCCAAAAAAGGAGGUGGUUCGUCUCGGCAGCUUCUUUCCAAUCAAACCCCAGCGUUGCGUCCACAACAGCAGCCAGUAACAUCUGGGUACCAGCCUAAACACCAGCUUCCUCCUCGGCAGCCUAUUCCUGCUAUUUGUGAUCCAAACUCUAGCGCUCUACUAACGUCAGGGGGUCGACCAGUUUGCAGUGUUGUUCCUUUCACCACACGAGCACAGGCUUCUGCCCAGAGACUGCCGGUGCCGGCCCAGCCGCCCAACAGUUUUGUGAGACCUAGAGCUCCCAGCACUAUCAGUGUACAAACCAACAGUCCCUCACCUUCCAGUCAGGUGGGCUUCAUACCCCCACCAAACAGUACCACUCCCUCAGUGGCUCCACCAGUGAGAGGACAGAUGUCACCUGUACAAAACUCCGCACAAGUGUUACCUCAGAGUCCUUUCUUUGAACAGGCAAAACCACAAGAUCAACAAUCAUACCAGCCUUCACAACAACCUUCCCUUGUUCAAGCACCUUCACAGCAACAUCCAUCCCUUGUGCAGCAAAUGCAACCAUCCUUUCAGCAAAUGCAGCAGUUGCCAUCAUCACAGCAAGUACAACAGCUUCCAUCUUCACAGCAGACACAGCAGCUUACACAUUUACAACAUUCCCCAGCAUUACCACAGAUGCAACAGCAGCCGACUUUGCAGCAGACCCAGCUGCAACCUUCAGUACAGCAGGCACAACAACAAUCAUCUUUACAGCAAGCACAACAUACCUCAGCUUUACAACAGACUCAGCAACUACCUUCGUUACAUCAGACACAGCAAGCACCACCUUUACAACAGACUCAACACCAGUCGUCCAUACAGCAGAUGCAGCCAACCGCAGGCAUCCAGUAUGCUUCUCAAGGCUACAAAUCCCAUGAGUCAUUCAGUCUGGAGAGUUUAUCCGAAGACAAAUGUAUACUCAAAUCUAGUAAAGGAAAUGAUCGUUUAACCAAAGGAAUGGUCUAUCAAAUCAGAUCACCAAAAGAUCAAGCAUUAAUUUAUGCUUUAUGGAAUGGUGAAAAGUUUGAAGAUCUGAAAGAUGAAGAUUUGAAAGCUAUCCAGUCAAAAACUGGUAAGCAAAGACUGCAUAAUGUAGCUGGUCAAAGGUCAUUGGCUGGACCAAUCACAAAUAGCGAGAAAAAAACUGAGAUAAAUGUAAGGUCACAGGUCAUCAAGGGGGAUAAUUCAAAGUUCCAAGCUGAAUUUUUGCAAUCUUUAGCUGGAAAACAGUGCUGGACUAAUUCAGGCACUAGCUGUUCUACCGUAGAUGCUGACAGACAAGAACAGUGCAUACAGCAGGAGCCAGUGCAAACAAGCAGAAUUGACCAGGAUAUUCCCAACAACCAAUCGACCUAUGUCAAACCUUUGGCUGCCAAUCAGAAAAAGGAAGACAUUGAAGAAGACGAUGAGUUGGCCAUAUUUAAAAAACCUUUUCCUGAGCAAGAAGAAUACUUUCGAGUAUGUAAAAACUGUGGCUACACCAGCAAAAAUUUCCGGCGUUGUGAUGGAUGUUUUAAAGUUUUCCAGGGGGAGGUCAAAGUUCAUACAAUGAAGAAGAACACCAACAAAGCACUGGCAGGACCAUCAGAACCUCAGGAUCCUUUCAGUAGUGUGAUGGAGGAGGUCAACUUCUACAGUCAGGGUCAGAGUCCUAGAGGUCGUGGUAGAGGAAGGGGUGCUAGAGGGUCUGGCCGUACACGAGGUGGAGGCAUGAAGGGUCGAGCUGGGGCCCGAGGCAGUCAAGAUAGCAGCAAUAGCGACACAGAAGACUCAGUAGAAGGAAAAAGAAGCAGCGAUAGCUCUGCGAGUAGUUUUGACAAUCCUGCCAAGAAACGGCCCUCGAGACAAAAAUCCAAAAAUCCGGCUCCUAAAAAGCGUUCCAAGAAACAAGAUGAACCAGUCACGCUCACAAUAUCUUCUGACGAGGAUGAACCGUCGUCAACCUCAAGUCAUGCCCCCAGCCCAGCUCACUCUGCAGGAGGUGACUCGCCAAUCUUUCCGUCUCUUCACUCGGAGCCAGUCAAUGCCUUUGGUCGAUUCAGGAGAGUUCUGAUGGAAGAUGAAGAUGGCAUUAGUAAGCUCAGCAAAAAGAUGAAGACGACACCACCAUUGAUGGACAGGUGUGAGGAAGAUGAGGAUGACGAAGAUGAUGAAGAUGACGAUGAGGUGCCAAUCUAUGAAAUAGAUAUCCGCAGUGUGAGGAUUGGUUCAAUGAGAACCCAGCCUGAAGGCCCACUCAUGAUCAAUAUGAGAGGAAUCUGCUUUAAAGUCAGAUCUGAGAGAACAGAAGAGGCUUUUGAAUGUGAAAUACUGGCUCAAGACGUGGAACUUGUCAAGUAUUUCUCCGGCCAGACCCAGCCAGUUCUCUUUCUUCUACUGACCCAAGAAAGUGGUGAGAAGCUGCGGGAAAUCUGUCACAUGGAGCCUGGAGAUGACGAGUACUUUGAUCCUAGUAGUACAGAUAUGAAGCAGAAAAUGGUUGUGAUCAUCAUAGAAUCUUUCAACUACAUGCCUGAAGCCAUGUUGAAAGAAACGUUAUCUCUGUGGGCCGACAUGAAUCAAAUGGAUGACGAUGAUUUCAUAGAAGAACUGACAGAAGAAGGUGCGAAUGACCUUCUGAUUCAGUCAGCCCCUCCUGUACUCACAGCCAACGUGGAUAAAAAUAUCAUCAAAUUUAAGAAAAGGUACAUUUCCGACUGUAAUGACACUAUGCUGGCUAGGGCUCCACUGUCACCAUCUGACAGCACUGACAAUGAGCCUGACAGUACUUCCAGUUCUCCCCCAGAAACCCGACAUUUCUUGGGAACCAAUGCCAGACUUCUGCAGUACCCACCUCCACCACUCCGAGGGAUCCCCAUUACAACAGAAGACUUGUAUUGUUUGACUGAAGGAGAGUUUUUAAAUGAUGUUAUCAUUGAUUUUUACUUGCAGUAUUUGUAUUUAGAGAGAUUGAGCCCUGCCAACCGUCAAAGAACUCACAUCUUUAGCUCAUUUUUUUACAAACGUUUAACUCAAAGAGACAGACACGUGGAGAAGAGUGAAGAGGACGCUAAGAAAAGCCUCCCAGAAAGACGCCACGCUCGUGUGAAGAAAUGGACAAAGACUGUGGAUCUCUUUAGUAAAGAUUUUAUUAUUGUCCCUAUCAAUGAACACUCUCACUGGUAUCUAGCUGUCAUCUGUUUCCCUGGUCUUGCUGGCACUGAAAAAAUCACUUAUGUUCCUAAUAAUUGCCAUGCUGUUGACGAAGAUUCUACUGAUAAUGGAGGAACAGAGGAAGAACCAGUUGCCGGCAAUUCUCAGGAGACACGUUCAACAGGCUCAAGUACCUCUCAAGAGGCUCGACCAAAAACAAUUUUAGGGCGUCAUUUAGAUCCAAAUGAACCAUGUGAAGUUAAAUGUGAUGGCAUUAGGCAGCCCUGCAUCCUUAUGUUUGACUCUCUGGCAGGACCCAGCAGAAAUCCUAAUGUCAAAAUGUUGAGAGAAUAUCUUCAGUGUGAGUGGAACGCCAAAAAGACGAAUUGUGAGCCACGUGUCCUGUCCAAAAUUAUCAGAGGAGCCUCUCCCCGUGUCCCCCAACAGAGCAACUAUAGCGAUUGUGGAGUUUAUCUCCUUCAGUAUGUGGAGAGCUUCUUCGAGGAUCCCAUUGGAGAUUUCCAGAUCCCUAUGAAGGGUUUACAGAACUGGUUCCCUGAGGAACUAGUGCUGAAUAAACGCAGAUACAUUCAUGAGCUGAUCAUGAGCUUGCACAGGCGUUACCAGGAAGAGAGGGGAGAGACUAGGAUAAUGGACAUCAAGUAUGACUCAACACCACGGGAACCCCCCAUGAGAAUCCAGACAAGGCCAGAAGAGAGCAUGAACUCAAGUAACAGGGAUGAUGAAAGUUCAAACUCGUCAAUGUCUGCCGAUACCAACAAUGACCCAUUGGCAGCUCUGCAGCGACCUCCUUUAGAGAAUUUUCUAUUAGAUAGAUCUGAAGAUGAUGGUUCUCUAAAGACAUCUAGUGAAGGUGUUGAGUCUGAAAACAAUAUGAUGGAGCCAACAGAAAUGUCCGUGGAUCAGCCAGAACACAACAUUUAAAUAUACCCACUGUUCUUGCAGACUCUAAAGAAAACUAGCUCAUAGUCUUGACUUUUAUAGAGGUGCAGGCCAAAACUUUGUCAUCAAACCUAUUUUUGUAUGUCUCUACAUAUUUUUGACAUAAACAGACCCAUAUGGACAACUUUCCUGAGUUUUUUUUUGUUUUUUUUUUGUAUGGUAUUCUCAGGUGAUAAGGUUGUGUACCUUGUAUUAUUUAAGCAUUUGUUCAUGAGGUGAUACCUUGUAUUAUUUAAAUAUUGUGUAUGUUUGUGGACUUUUGACUUUCUGUAAUAGAAUGUGUCAUUUCUAGAUUGUCCAUUGAUUGUGUCUUACUGAUAUUUGCCUAGUUUAACUUCUGGUGGCCUGUGAGGUCUGUCAGUUGAUUGUGGAAUUAUUACGCUGCCACUUGUGUGAUCAAGUUGAUUAAAUACAUAUUGACCAAAUCAUUGUGUUGUUAACCAUAAAAGAUGUGGAUAUUAAAUUUUAUUGGUGAACAUUCUCUGUGAGAUGUUGACAUUACACUCAGUGGUGACAUUCUCAGAGUUGGGGAAGUUGUACUUUUGUCCUUUUUUUUAUGUUUCAGCCCUCUAUAUUUUAAUUUGUAUUUCUUUUCAUACUAAAAUUUGUCUAAGUUUUUAAUUUAAAUUUAUAAUACAUUUCAUGUUAUCUGAACUUGAACAAGAUUUGAAUUGAACAUUUUGUCUGUCUGUUGUUGUAGUUGAUUGUUCUCUCAAGAUUAUAUCCAUGUGUGAAUCUGUUGGUGUCUGUCUAACUGCAGUACAUGUGUACAUAGUUAUGUAGCUCGAUGCAUUAUGUCUUUGCAGGCUUUGCUAAAAAAAAAAAAGUAAAUUAUUCAAAUGACA